AAAAGUAUAUAAAUCAGCAUUUGGCACAGGUCAGUAUCAGUCAAUUUGUUGCAAUUGGAUACUAUGUCAGUUUGUUAUUUGAAGGGGGGUUCUGCUGUUGCUGCUGUGUUGCUUGGAGUUCUUGCUGUAGCUAAUGCUAUGGAAUAUGAAUUCAUACGAACUGAACAGGAAGUAAAACCUGAUAAAAUUUGGGACUUAUCGAAGCUGAAGAUUAAAAAGCUCAAACCAGGAGUAUAUGCAUUCAACGGGCAUGCCGAACUUUUUCAACCCCUCGACGAUAAAACCAAGUUCUCAGUGAAGGCUUACUACAGCUCAGAUGGGUCCGGCAAGUACCAGCUAAUGCCACAUCACCUGGACCCCGGAAAUGUCUGCACUUUUAUGAAUAAUGACUACAAGAAGUAUCUUUCGGAAUUAUACAAAGUAUCUGACUUUCCGGAAAUAGGCAAUGAAAUCUACUGUCCAUUGCCAAAGGCUGUGUACAAAAUAAAAAACUAUGAAUUUGAUGGGACAAAACUCCCAAACUCAUUCAAGCCGGGAUACUACAAAGUCCAAAUGUAUUUUGAGACGGGGUCAGGAGACAAAUCUACCCUCAACGUCUACGCUAAAAUUUUAAAUUGAUGCAGGCGCAACAACUUUUUAAAUUUUUUAAUAGAGUUUAAACUUAACUAAUAAAGCAGUAAAAUAAUCAAAA